AUGUUUGCAUUCCCGUCCGGAGCUGGUUCCGACCUUCUGGAUUACGAAGAGGCGAGAGAGCCUCCGUCAGCAUCCUCAUACUUGGAGGAUGGCAGUCCCAGGCAAGCUGCGACACGACGUUGGGCUCGACGAGGCGCUGAAGAACAGCCCUCGACGAACAAGGUGCGAGGGCUGGACCCUGCUCUUGCGACAGGGCAUUCAUGGAUGGAGGCAGCCAAAGACAAUGCUGCAAUCGAAUGGCUGCGAGGCUUCAUGAACAAGUACAGGACUCUGGAAAUUCCUGCUCAGCCCGUUGCUGCAGGACACAGCUCGAGUGCCCAAGUCAGGCAUCUUCUCUUUCGAGAGGAGGAUGUCGGCGGAAGCUUGCAGAAAUUCAUAUCCUGCCUCGAGAAGCGCAGGGAAGGGUCCCACAGGUCCGAAGAGGGUCUGCACAGCCUCUCCAGGCCAUCCUCGCUGCCUCCUGAGGACAGUCGCGGAAUGGCAGCCGUGCGCACGCUGCCAAAGCGAACGAAAGCGCGCUGCCGCAGCGCCGGUGGUGAGAAUGCGCCAACCGAAGAGAUUGCUGCAGCUGUUGCUCGGGCUCGGCGGCGAGCCCUGGAGCAGAAGCGACGACAAGCUCAGGCCGAGGAGGCCGAGGCAAGGGCCUGGAGACGCGAGCGCUACGGCAAGCGAGACGACCGCCUCGCGCGCUUCAUCUUGGAGGAGCAGAAGGCGCAGUCAGUAAAGUGUGAGGCGAGAUCCAAGAAGAAGGCACCGAAACACGAGAGCAGAAGCUGCUCGCUUGGCGCAGGGCUGGGGCUGGACACCGCUCAUCUGGAUCUCUUGAUCGCUGAGGGUGAUGUGGAUCUUCCUUUUAUGUGA